GUACCCAAAGCUCGUCUAAUCCAAACCAGACGGCACGGUAUAAUGCGUAAUUAUCGUUGUUAUUCCAAUUGCCUUCUGCUUUCCAUCGCUAAUUGUCUGUUUAUACGUCGGGAAUAUACUUAAUUUUCAGACGAAGAUGGCAAGAAACUAUUAUGGAAGCUGAAAACGAUCUCAGAUAAGAAGAAAAUAGAAUGAAGAAACGGGUUAAGAAGGCAAAAGAAAAGGUUGAACCAGUAUUUGCGCAACGCAUUGGACACGACAAUCCGACUGAUUGUAAGGAUGAGUUUAAACGAAACAAAAGUAGAAGUCCUUCCAGAGAUAAACGAUCAUUGUCAUCAUUAUUCCGCCAUGCAAUCGCGGGUCCAAAUGAUCGUGACGUUCAACCUCUUAUCACCGGAGCAGAGGAUAUCGAUACAUCACUAUCCGACAUUAACCCUAGAACAAAUCCACGCGAUCAUUUGAAACGCAUGACUGUUCGAGAAGCUCUCUUGUACAACCGUAAGCGAGGACGUUCGCCGAACAGAAGGACUCUAAAACUUGAGAAAAUUAUAUUCAAUGACGAGCCAGAUUUCAACAGUAGUCGGUUUACAUCAGAACCCGAUUUACGGGAUCAGACAGAGAACAACAAUGAUGCAAAUGAUAAAGCUGAAGUAUACGCUGGCACAGGUGCUAGUUUACCUCGACGGAAAAGGGUUAGAGGUCGUUCGGAUGAUGCAGAGAAACGAGAUGUUCGUGACACAACGAUGGAAAACAAUGAAACAAAAGUGAAUUUCUCAAAAUCAUUACCAUUAGAUAAAAGGAAAUACAUGAUAAGCCAGAUUUCCGGAAAACAGCUUGUCGAUAAGUUAGAAUCCAAAAAUGAAUCAAAAACACAUUUGCAUUUGCAUCAGUUGGAAACUAUAUUAAACAUGCCUGAAACAGUUAUUGAAAGAAGACAGAGGGAGUCGUUUUCUCAAUUUUUACAAUUACAUGAAAGACCUCCGAUGCGCUCACGUUCUGGUACACCCCCAAUUGUUCGCCAAAAUAUACAGUUGUCGCGAUUUGAACCCCAGCACGUGGAAAGUCUACUUUCAAAGCAAAUAGACAAACAUUCAAAUGAAAAAGACUGCACGCCAUUUAGCUUAAAAAACAGUGGGCCGACUCUCAGAGAUACACCUAAAGAUAAUAACGUAAAAAGUAAUGCUUCGGGUGAAGUAAGGCCACAGAGAAGUUUAUAUGUAUCACCUCGACGUUUUAGUCGGAGAUCAGGACCUAGCGUGUCUUUAAAUGAAUCUGAAAAUACCAUUUGUUUUGAUAACCCUGAUCAAUACAAUUCUGUACCGAACAGAAAAUCAAUAAAUAUGCCAAUAAAUACCAAAUAUACUAGACAAUUUUCAAAAGAAAGAAACACUAAAGAUGUUAUAAAGGACAAAAAAGACGAAUCUACAAACACAGAUAGAUUCUUUGAAAAUAUAAUGCUUGUAAACUCUUGCACACAAACAUACACCAUUGAAGACAAAAAAUAUGAACGAGUUAAAACAUGUUCACAGUGCGUUCAAACUGAUUUUGCAGGCGAAACGAAUGUAAAUUCUUUACUAUUCGAGAAAAACGAAUGUAGCGAAGGAGAUCUUACAAGAUUACGUAGAGAUAUAAUCAUCAUAGACCAAGAAAGCGAUGUAUCAAGCAUACACCAAACAUCAGUUGAAAGUGCAUUCAAACCGGUCAAGCCAGAUAAACAACUCAAAUUGAUUACAUUUGGUCCGACUACCAACAAUGUUUACAUUGAAUCAAACGAAUAUGUACCCGAAGAUGCUUAUCUAUGUACUUUAACAGAAGAGUGUAACGAUACAAAAGUGUGUGUUGAGAUCGAUCGAAUGGUGUCUGACAAACUUGUUGGAAAUGUGAAAAGCGACAAAAAGAUAAAAGGCAAAUCCUAUGAAAGUGGUAAAAACAAACAAUUACACUUAGAAAAUAAUCAGUUGGUUAAUGAGGAAGACGACGGGCAAUCUUUUAUUCAGCAGCAGAAAAACGAGAAAAUAAAAUCUAAACGUAAUCAUAAAUCAAAACUAACUAUCAGAAAGACCAAAGAGAAACAACACAAAUCAAUUUCCGCAGCGCUCAUCAAAGCUGGACGAACUGCUUCUUUAACGGAUAUCCUUGAUAGUCACGAGAACGUGAAAGUCCGUAAAAUAGCAGGUACUGUGUCGAGAUCUCUUGAAAAUUUAGAAAAAAUACCGGAUGAAUCUUUAAAAGAAUCUCUUAAAAAUCAAAAUAAACAUUCCGAGGCUUCCGAAAAACAUUCGUCGAAACGGCCUCCUAGACUUUCAUUAGCAGCUAUCGUUACCCUUAAAUCUAGGCUUAGUCGUCUAAGAAAGGCAAAGGAGGCGAAACAUAUUACAAAAAGCAUUGAUACUUCCGAAAGAAAUCAUCAAGUUCUGCGUGUAGAUAAUUGCCACAAAGCAAAUGAUGAUUUAGAUUUCAAUGUCGCGAAGGUUUAUUUUCAAAAUGAAAUUAAUUCAAGUAUUGGCAAAAUGUCCCCCUCUAAUGAAAAAAUAAUAGAUGUCCAUUCGGAUAUAACAGGCAUAGUGUACGAAAGUAAAAUAUCAUUUGCACCAUUCCCCGACGACAACAUUACAGAGGAAGAACUUAUUAAACAACGCCAACGGAAUACACGCCUUACAUCAAGGCGAGAAAGUAAGGUGCGACAACGACAGAAAAAAGUUAUUAACUGUUGUAAAAAGUUUGUUGCUUUUUUAUUUUCCCAUAUCGGACUUUGUUCACUUGUUGUUGCUUACUGCAUACUCGGAGGAAUUAUAUUUCAGAAGUUGGAAGGAAGUUCGGAACUAACGAAAAAGAGAGAAAUGGCUCAAAUGAGACUUAAUUUUACAGAAAGAAUUCACAGAUUAGCAUUUGAGACUACGGUUACGAAGGGCAGCAGGGAACAGUUUAAAUCAGAUGUGAAUUUAAUCUUAAAAGAGUUUUCUGUAUCAGUGUAUAAACAAACUAAAGAAGCGGGAUGGGACGGUAAAGAGAUUGUGUAUACUGAAAAUGGUGACAACACAACUGAAGAGCAACCAGAACAGUGGUCAUAUCCCAGCUCAAUGUUGUAUGCUAUCACCGUCAUGACAACAAUCGGUUACGGUCAUGUGGCGCCAAAAACAGACGAGGGGCGAAUAAUGACCAUAGCUUAUGCCUUACUCGGCAUCCCACUCACCCUUCUGUGCCUCACAAAUAUCGGCGACCUGAUGGCUCACGGUUUCCGAAAUCUCUACGGCAAGGUCUGCUGUGGCCUCUGCUGCAUUCUUUUCAAACCACGACGCCGGCGACGACACGAUCCGGAACGAGGAAUGACGACUCAAAGUGAUAGGAUUAUCUUGCAAAAGGAAGGCAGUCACACCGGACCGAUACAAGUGCCUACGUCAGUGUGUCUAUUACUUAUGACAUCAUAUAUAAUGCUAGGCACGUUUCUGUUCGCGUAUUGGGAGAAUUGGGACAUUGUGACGGGGACGUAUUUCUGCUUUAUAACUCUGAGUACCAUUGGCUUCGGUGACGUGGUUCCGGGUGUGAGCUCAUCUGACUGGGAUAAGUCAGAGAAACUUGUGCUAUGUGCUCUUUAUCUGAUCCUUGGAUUGUCCUUAAUCGCCAUGUGCUUCAACCUCGUACAAGAGGACGUAAAAGCCAAGUGUAAAUGGUUAGGAACCAAACUAGGAAUUAUUGAUGCACCUGUAAGUUCUGUGUAAUAUUUUAUCUGUAAUAUACGGACAUUUAAACAGAAGACGAUCCUAAUAUUGUUUUUGAAGCAAAAACAUAUUUGCGAAAUUGCAUUAUUAAAGAUCACGUGCAGUGAUUGUCGAAAGUAAACUUAGUGUAAAUAAUGUGUUUAAAAUGUAACAUUAAUUUGUUUUCAUGAAGUGAAAUAUGUCACACACCGUUUUCGUUAACUCGUAAAUGUUUCCCUAAAUUACUCAUUUUAAGGUGUUAGAUAAAAUGUGUCAAAUGAUCAACUACAAAUGAAAGAAAAUAUAUGCUCAUAUUGCUGCGUAUAGGAAAAUAUGCCUUGUUAAAUAACAUUGUUAAAGUUUAUUUGUUCUCUUCCCCAAGAAAUUUAUGA